CCCUUCUCCUCCCUCCCUCUCCUCUCAGCCCCGCCUGCUGAAUGUGAUGGGGAGAGGGGCGGGAGAGAGCUGAAGCCUCGCCACCUGAUCGGGCAGAGCUGAGGCAGCGGAGCCGGAGCCGGGACUCAGAGCCUGGGGCUGCGACAGCCAAGGUGUCCAGAGGGCCUGGGAAGAUCUGCUGUUCCGCCGAAGCAUCCCCUUUCCUAGCUCUGGGACCCCCACUUUCCCUGCAUCACUGGGCUCAGACCUUUCCCACCUCUGGUGAACGCCUGGACUCGGGGGCCCUGAUGUUGGAUUGGAACUAACGACCCCGGAGCCCCCGGAAAGUGUGGGGGGGUGGUGAGGAAGCAGCCAGGAUCCUGAGCAGAGGGAGCCCCAGUGCCGUGCACCGGGAGAACGCUGGCCCCAUUCCCCCCAGCCCAGACGCCCCCCUGGGCUCUGGCCCGACAGGAGCCCAUCUCAGGGGGCAGGGGUGGGGCCCGGGCCCCUCCUCCGCCGCAUCGCUCUCUGCCCAGACAUGCCACCAGUUCUGGCCCGGCUGCAACAAGCAGCCAAGAUGGUGAUGACCAGGAAGAAGGUGGUGCUGCUGCUGCUCCUGGGUGGGAUGCUGAGCCUGCUCCUCCACCAGGGAUCGCAGCUCAGCUGGUCCCCCCGGCUGCUGUUCCCCGGGGCCCCGUGCCCGGCCGGCCGCACGCGGCCCAAGCACACGGCCGUGGCCUUCGUCAAGACGCACAAGACGGCGGGCACGACGGUGCAGAACAUCCUGUUCCGCUUCGCCGAGCGCCACAACGUGACGCUGGCGCUUCCGCGGCCCAGCUGCGAGCACCAGUUCUGCUACCCGCGCGACUUCUCGGCGCGCUUCGUGCACCCGGCCACGCGGCCGCCGCGCAUGCUCGCCAGCCACCUGCGCUUCAACCGCGCCGAGCUGCGGCGCCUGCUGCCCAACGACACGGUCUACGUCACCAUCCUGCGCGAGCCGGCCGCCAUGUUCGAGUCGCUCUUUAGCUACUACAACCGCCACUGCCCGGCCUUCGUGCGCGUGCCCAACGGCUCGCUCGAGGCCUUCCUGCGCGCCCCGCGCGCCUACUACCGGCCGGACGAGCGCUACGCCAUGUACGCGCACAACACGCUGGCCUACGACCUGGGCGGCGACAACGAGCGCAGCGCGCUCGACGAGCCCGCCUACCUGGCGGGCCUCAUCCGCGACCUCGAGGCCGCCUUCUCCCUCGUCAUGAUCGCCGAGUACUUCGACGAGUCGCUCGUGCUGCUGCGCCGCCUGCUGGCCUGGGACCUGGAGGACGUGCUCUACGUCAAGCUCAACGUGCGCAGCGCCUCCUCGCGCCUGGCCGCGCUGCCCGAGGGCCUGGCGCGCGCCGCGCGCCGCUGGAACGGCCUCGACGCCGGCCUCUACGAGCACUUCAACGCCUCCUUCUGGCGCCGCGUGGCGCGCGCCGGCCGCGAGUGCGUGCAGCGCGAGGCGCGCCAGCUGCGCGAGGCGCGCGAGCGCCUCCUGCACCGCUGUUUCGGGCCGCGCCCGCGCCUGCGCCCGGCCGCCGAGAUCCGCAACAAGCAGCUGCAGCCGUGGCAGCCGCUGGGCAACGUGGGCAUCGUGGGCUACGACCUGCCCAGCCGCCCGCCGGGCCCCGGCGGCGACGAGUGCCUCAAGCUGGCCAUGCCCGAGGUGCAGUACUCGAGCUACCUGCUGCACAAGCAGAAGCUCCGCGCCUCCGCCUGGGCCGAGCGGGGCCGCGCAGGGGCCGGGGCGGGGGACCGGCCGCCGCCGCCGCCGCCGCGCCCCAUCCGAGCCCUGCCGCGGCUGGCCCGGAGGGGCUGAGCCGCCGCCGUGCUGCCCCCGAGAGAUGCGCCCCCAGAGACGGGCAGCUGCACCCCUGACUCGGCCAAGAAAGCCCCCUUGCAAACAUGCA